AGCUCUGCGACAUUGAGCAUCAUCCCUCUUACCACUGCAAACACCCUUUUGAAAUUCAACCCCACCAAUACACUUCUAUCGUCAACAUGGGCUCUCUUGCCGCUGAAUUGGUGCACGCCGUAAUUCCCGAGGUUGUGCAGUGGCGCCGCCACAUCCACGAAAACCCGUACGUUGCAUACGAGGAGCAGCCCACCGCCGACUAUGUGGCGGACAUCCUCGGCAAGAUGCCUGCGCCGCUGGACAUCCGCCGCCUGACGCCAAACAGCGUGGUGGCUGACCUGAAGGGUGGCGCUGGCGAGGGCCCGAUGUACGCGCUCCGGGCGGACAUGGACGCGCUGCCGCUGCAAGAGGAGAGCGGCGAGCCUUUCAGCUCCAAGCGGCCCGGCGUGAUGCACGCGUGCGGCCACGACACGCACACGGCGAUGCUGCUCGGCGCGGUGAAGGUGCUGUGCCAGAUGCACGACCGCAUCCGCGGGACGGUGCGCUUCAUCUUCCAGCACGCGGAGGAGGUGAUUCCGAGCGGUGCGAAGCAGCUGGUGAGCCUUGGCGUGUUGGAUGGUGUGUCCAUGAUUUUCGGAUUGCACGUUGCUGCUGAGUACCCCACAGGUAUCAUUUCGACCCGCCCGGGAACGCUCUACGGCGCGUGCAACGACUUCGACAUUGUGAUCCGCGGCGCCGGUGGUCACGCCUCGCAGCCGGAGCUGUGCAUCGACCCUGUUGUCGUGUCCGCGGAGGUGAUCUGCAACCUGCAGACCAUCAUCUCGCGUCGCGUGUGCGCAUUGCAUGCACCUGUGCUGAGCGUCACGCAGAUCAACGGUGGUGGUGGUGCGUACAACGUCAUUCCUGACACGGUGCAUAUGCGCGGUACGCUGCGGUGCCUCGACCGCGAUGUGCAGGCCCGUGUGCCCGGCUUGAUGGAGGAGAUUGUUGCGGGCAUCGCGAAGGCCCACGGUGCAGAGUACGAGCUGAGCUGGCUGGAGCCGAACAUCGUGACCUACAACGACCCAAAGGCGUACGAAAUUGCUGUACAGGCCGCGCAUGAUGUGGUGGGCGACAACUAUCAAGCCCUCGAUCAUCCGGGCUUUGGUGUGGAGGACUUCUCGGAGUACCAGGCAGUGGUUCCUGGGUGCUAUGUGUAUAUUGGCACCCGCCCCGACGGUGACGGUCCAGUUGCUCCCGGACACAACUGCAAGUUUCGCGUCAACGAAGGUGCUUUUCCUUACGGCGUCGGCUUCCAUGUGAACGUGAUCAGGCGUCUUUUGAUCGACUGA